AUGCCCGCAGAGCACGACGAUGCAGUGUUCGACCACGACCUCGACGACGACGACGAGUCCUCUCAGUCUCAGGACGAAGACGAUGAUCUCGAGAACGACGGCGUCCUUGUCGUUGAAGAAGACGAGGAAGAUCUCAAUUCCGUCCCUUCCCCUUCCACCCCUUCCCCCGCCACGGCCUCCUCCCUUCCAAUCGCUGUCCCCUCCGCCUCCAUCGUCACCCUCGCCGCCGCUCCCAACGGCUCCGUCGAUCCGCACAAACUCCUCCCCUCGGCCGCCGUCCUCCCGGAGGAGGCAAAGCGUCAGAGGCUGACUCUCGUCCCGGUGUUCGAAGAGCAGCGGAAGCCGACUCCUCAGCCGCUCGACAAAUCGCGGCAGCUGUUCCAGCGAUUGUGGACCGACGAGGACGAGAUCGAGCUGUUGCAAGGUUUCUUCGAGUACACGAACCAGCGUGGUGGUGGGAGCCACCACGACACGGCGCUGUUCUACGACCAAAUCAAGUCCAAGCUCCAGCUGGAUUUCAACAAGAAUCAGCUGGUCGAGAAGCUGCGGAGGUUGAAGAAGAAGUACCGAAACGUCCUCAACAAGAUCGGUUCGGGCAAAGAGUUCUCCUUCAAGACGGCUCACGAUCAGAUUACGUUCGAGAUCUCGCGUAAGAUCUGGAGCAGUACGGGAAAGCUCGCCAGCCUCGAGGAUGGGAAUUUGGACGAUGAUGAAGGAAACCCUAAUCUCAACAAUAACAACGAUGGCGGUGGUGGUGGUGGUGAGGAUCAAAAGUCCACGCCUCGCCCGCGGAAACGCUCCCGAUCUCGUUCCUUAGCCGCUCCUCUCACUCUCGCCAGCUGCAGUGGCGGGGGCAACAGCAUCGUCGCCGCUGUGGCAGCCACCGGAGGCGGCAACGUUGGGGGUAAAGUGGAUGAUAAGCGUGGAGUGGUUAACGAUGGGGUUGUUUCCAAUAACAACCACGUGAACAGCAAUGCUUAUAGUAAUGUGAAUGUCCCUAGUUUGAUUGAGGAGACUGUGAAGAGUUGUUUGUCGCCAUUGUUUAAGGAGUUGUUGAGUAAUGCUACGUCGGGACCGGGUUGUUCCUCUGGUGGGAUUGGUGGUAGAGGAGGAAUUGGGGGUUUGGCCAUGAAUGCGAUGCCAUUGAGCUUCGGGGGAGUGGAGAUGAUGGCUGAUGAGAAGUGGAGGAAGCAGCAGAUAUUGGAGCUCGAGGUUUACUCGAAGCGAUUGGAGUUGGUUCAAGACCAGAUUAGAUCACAGUUGGAGGAGUUGCGCUCAGUGGGUAGGUAA